UAUUCACAUAUAUAUAUAUAUAUAUAUAUAUAGGCAUUAAUAGCUUAUUUUAUCUCCUCGUAAUUUUCUGUUGAACACACAUGAUGCGAGAGAACGCAACGUUCCGUUUGCUAUACGUGCGAUCGAUUUUUUGCGUGUUGCAACGUGUCGUAAUACGAUAAAGGAUUAUCCGAGAGUUCGCCACACGGGACCGCGAGAGCAAAAAAUCGCGAGCGAAAUUACGAAUUAGGGAGAGAUCGUUGAAAACGACCGACGACGACGACGACGAUUGACGAUCGUGUAUCGCUUCUCGGAAUGUCUCAACAAAGUGCUAUCGUGCAAACGAGUAAUACGAGCUCGGACAUGACGCCCGUACUUGGGGCUCUACAGUCCGUGGGACCUAAUAAUCAAACAUCACCGGCUCUGCCCGGUGUACAGAGCGGUGGCGCUACGACGACCGCCGUGCAGUCGCAAACGCAAUCUCAGCAAACUCAGUACGUCCCACAGCCCUCGAAACCGGUGCAGCAAUCGUCUACUCCAAGUUCUUUUAGCGAUUUCCCACAGUUUUUGACGAAAACGAGAUUACAAGAUUUGGUAAAGGAGGUAGAUCCCACUGAACAGUUGGAUGAAGAAGUAGAAGAGAUGCUUUUACAAUUAGCAGAUGAUUUUGUGGAAACUACGGUAAAUGCAGCUUGUCUGCUAGCUAAACAUCGUCAUGCGAAUACAGUGGAAGUUAAAGAUGUACAAUUACACUUAGAAAGAAAUUGGAAUAUGUGGAUUCCUGGUUUUGGUACAGACGAGGUACGUCCAUAUAAGCGAGCUACUGUUACCGAAGCACAUAAACAAAGAUUGGCACUCAUACGAAAAUCAAUCAAGAAAUAUUAAUGCUUUUGUAAAUCAUGCUGUAAUUUAUCAAUUCUUUGAAAAUUAAAUUUGUAUUUUAUAUAUUUUUAAACUUAACUGUUGCCGUUUGACAGUGAACUUCUUUUGACAAAAACAUUUAUAUUUUAAAAAUACUUGUUCAACUUGUACAUAUAACAUCCUUUUCACACGUGUCGAUUGUUUUUUUUUUCUCUUUAUACGAUUUUAUUAUAAUAUAGGAUAAUAAAGUAUAUUCGUGUUAUGAAAAUUGCAUCUUCUAAA